CCCUGGACUCGUGCACUCCCUGAGCGUAUUCCAUGAUAUCGAUCUCUUAAUUAAUUGAGUCUCAUCAGCCUCGUGCGAGCUAUUACUUGUGUUAACUAAAUUCCUUUAAUUGAAGUUCGUGGCGGAGCGGUAUCGUGACCCAGCCUUCUAACAAUUACUUUGAUACAGAUCUGUACUAUUUGUCGACGAGUCUUAAUGACUUCAUUUCUUUUGAGGACUCGUAUGCGGUGUACAUGUGGAGGGUAAAUGAUAUAGAGACAGUGAAAUAAAACGUUGCGUUUUCGUCUGCGGUUGGAAUAUGAGCCCUGUUUUUACAAUUCAUAAAAUUCGUCUAGGUAGCGGAACGGAAGGGCAGAUUCGCAAGAAAAUGGAGCCCGGUACCAGCUGGUGGCGUCGUGUGCUGAACGCCAUUUACCGCGCGUUGGGGAUCCCGAUCAAAAACCCCCACUCCAAGCCAACUGAUUGGUUCUUGGAUAAAUUCUCUGCUCAGGAGUUCUAUGAUAACGAUGAUCAAUCCGAUGACGACGGCUGCCGCUGGCUUUGCGGCGUGAGGCUGGGUGUCGACCCUACCCUCCCUGCUCACUAUAAUUGGCUAGCCGUGGUGUCGCUGGCUAUCCUCUACAACGUAGUUUUUGUUAUUGGCCGCGCUGUUUUUUGGGAACUCGAUAAGUCAUCCAUUCCUUCCUGGUUCGCUCUGGACUACCUUUGCGAUAUUAUUUAUCUUAUUGACACCGUCGUCCACAUGCACGAAGGCUAUUUGGAACAAGGAAUUAUGGUAAAAAACGCUGCGAAGCUACGCCGCAAUUACAUGAAAUCAGACUGGUGGCCCUAUGAUUUCAUUUCCUUGAUUCCAACCGAUAUAGCGUACUACUGGUGGUCGCCUGGACUCUGCGAUUUCGACCGUUUGCCGUGCCCUGUUAUUGUACGACUCAAUCGACUGUUCCGACUGCCUCGAAUGUGGGAGUGGUUUGAUCGUACCGAAACCGCCACGAGCUUUCCGAACGCUUUCAGGAUUUGCAAGGUCGUAAUGGCGAUAUUAGUACUUAUCCAUUGGAAUGCUUGCUUAUAUUUUGCAAUUAGUUAUGCCAUCGGUUUCGGUAACGAUAAUUGGGUCUAUAACAUAACAGGAUCACGCAAUGAAACUCUAGCUCAUCAAUACAUUUAUAGCUUCUAUUGGUCUACCUUAACGCUCACCACCAUUGGAGAAACGCCCCAACCAGAAGUUGACGUUGAAUACAUUUUUGUUGUCCUCGAUUUUUUGGCUGGUGUUUUGAUUUUCGCUACGAUUGUCGGCAACAUUGGCUCCAUGAUCUCUAACAUGAAUGUGGCAAGAGUGGAAUUCCAAAACAAAAUGGAUGGAGUCAAACAAUACAUGGCGUUUCGUAAAGUGAGCGGCGAGCUAGAAGCCAGAGUCAUCAGGUGGUUUGCUUAUACGUGGGCAGAAAGUGGUGCAUUGGAUGAAGAACAUGUUCUGUCAUCUUUGCCUGAUAAGUUGAAAGCUGAAAUAGCUAUUCGCGUGCAUUUGGACACAUUGCGUAAAGUGCAAAUUUUUCAAGAUUGCGAACCAGGAUUGCUGGAGGCUUUAGUUCUCAAAUUAAAACUUCAAGUCUUUAGUCCCGGAGAUUACAUAUGCAGGAAGGGAGACGUCGGCAAAGAGAUGUAUAUUGUGAAGAGCGGGAGAUUGCAAGUAGUAGCCGAUGAUGGUCAGACUGUUUUGGCAACAUUAGGGGCGGGCUCGGUGUUUGGAGAAGUGAGCGUCCUUGAUAUUGCUGGCAACAGAACUGGGAACAGGCGAACAGCUAAUGUACGGGCUUUAGGAUAUUCCGAUCUAUUCUGUCUGGCCAAAAGGGAUCUGUGGGAAGCUCUAGCUGAUUAUCCUGACGCUAGGGCAACUCUGACCAAGCGCGGAUGUCAACUAUUGCGCAAGGAUGGCUUGCUCGACGAAUCUAUUUUUGAAAACGCAAAGACCACUCAACUCAGCAUCGAAGAGAACGUUCGCAAACUGGAAGCCACUGUCGAUCUUUUAAACAACCGAUUACAAGGACUAUUAGCUGAUGUUGGUCAAGAGCAAGCCAAACUAAAGCAGCGGCUGAACAAAAUAGAGGCCAGAAUAAUAGAAACGGAUGACGAAGAGUCUAAUUCUGAUGAUUCAACGUCAGAAUUGCGCAGCGACGUUAUCAAAGUAUGCGACGCAGCCAGCUACCGCGAGGUCCCCUCGAGCUCCACACAAUACGUCUCCAUGCUGUACACCAACCAUCCGAUCCGGGAGCGCGGCCAUUCCCUUUGCGUUGACCGUACACCAGGGCUACUCCACAUUACACCAGAACCGCGAAGUAAAUCGUUACGCUUAAAGAAAAAAGACAAUCCAAAGUGAAAGAAAUGAAAGUGAUAAUAUGGUUAGUGGAUAGAUAUAAAGAGAUUGAUAUCAAUAUUUUCAAAAUUAUUUUUUUUUACAAAAUUUCCUUUAUUUUGGUAUACAUUUAGACACUAAGAAAGCUUAUAAUUUGAAAUAAAAUUUCAUAAACCAACAAAAAAAUUGAUGAAGCUAUACCUUUUUUAUUGUUUUUUAUAAAAAUUGAAAUUGACUGUAAUAUUUUGAUAAUAAAGUAGAUAAAUUGAAUUAGAGUAUUGACAGUAUAAUAGGAAUGAAAUGUCGGUCAUGGAACAGAACCCCAUCUCAUUAACAAAGUAUUAAUAAAAAUAUUUGGGAGUGUACACUUUGCUUACCUGGUGUAGAUCAGCGUUACUGUGGUUACAGUUUGGAUAGAAAUAAUUUGGAUAUCCAUUUAUUUUUUCUAUCCUUGCUGGCCUUUAGCUAAAUUUAUUAUUGUACUUAAUUAUAAUGUUAUUUAAUACAUUAUUAGCUAUUUUAUCAUUAGCAGCCGAAUUCUCAAAGUAGACACAAUUUUAAGAUGAUUGUAAGACCUUGAGUUGGAUUCUGUGUCACUAUAACAGAACGACUCAGUUCAGUGUGAGAAUUCGAGAAUAGAUUUAAUCUUACAUUUUCAACUUAUUAAAUGUAUAAGAUGUUUGUAAAAUUGUAAGUUGUAGUUUGGCCUAAAUUCCAUCGACAAAAAUCAAAUUUUGAAUGAGAACAGUCGUUUUAUACGGCCUUUUUGUAUGGUUACACUCAUACGUACAGUUUAUUAUUAGAUCUUGCAAACGAAUUAAUUUGUUGAUGGAAUUGGGUCUUAGUAUUUAAGUCGGUUCUAACGACAUCAAUUAUUAUAUUUAGCUGUAAUAAUUUAUGAAUUAUUAGUAGUCAAUAUAUCUUGUUAUGUAUUUCAAUUUAUAGGUAUA